UUUGAACAAUGAAAUACAUGUAGACUAGACAUUUCAAUGAAACAUAAGUUUUAUGAUGUUUAAAAUGCACAAAUUAAAGAAUCUAAAUAUUACAUACCUUUUGAAAUCUUGAAUAAUACAUAAUAUCUACAAAAAUAAACUUAUAACUAAUACGUAGUAUUACAUUCUAAAUUUUUGGAGGCUCCUACAUGAGUGGGUCCCGAUGCCAAGCCCUUAUUACACCUCCUAAAAGACGGUCCGAUUUUUGGACGUAUUAUGGGUAUGGAAAAUAUGCAUUGAGUUGACAAGAACUUAUUUCUAAGCCACUCAUCAGAAUCUUUAUGAAUCACCUCAUAAAAAAAGAUCUGAGAAGAAAAGCUUGAAAAUGUUUUCUCUAUCUGACGUUCCCUCAACAAGUGCAAUUUUAUCAACAUACACUGCUUUUACUACUUCAGUUUACCUGAUCAGGACAAUUCUGAGUGAGUUCAAAGCAUUGGCCAACCAGCUCUUGCCUGGAGACCUCCUGGAAAAGCUCUCUUCAAAACUGGGAGGCCUACUCUGCAACUUCUCCUCCCAAACAACUAUCGUCAUUGAUGAACAGAACGGCUUUACCCAAAACGAAAUCUUCGAAGCCUCUGAAAUCUAUCUCAGAACGAAGCUGAAGACUUCGGCAGGUGGGCUCAAAAUCUCCAAGGCGCCCAGUGAAAAAAGCAUCUCGCUCAUCAUCAGCAGAGAUGAGAAAAUUAGUGACUCGUUUGGCGGCGUGGAAUUAGUCUGGGAAUUGAGAGUCACUUCCAGUUCUUCCUCAGAGAGUAGUACGGAACGAAGAUCAUUUGAACUCUCCUUCAACAAGAAAUUCAGUGAAAUUGUUAUCAGCAAAUAUAUACCGUUCGUUCUGGAAAGAUCGAAGGCCAUACAAGAAGAAAACAAAUGCGUAAAGCUGUCGGCGCUAGGCAACUACAACGAUGAGGUUAAUCUGGACCAUCCGUCCACUUUUGAAACCCUAGCGAUGGAUCCUGAACUGAAGAAGGAAAUCAUAGAAGAUUUGGAUAGAUUUGUUAGCCGGAGAGAUUAUUACAGGAGAGUUGGGAAGGCAUGGAAGAGAGGGUACUUAUUGUAUGGACCUCCGGGAACGGGUAAAUCCAGCCUUAUAGCAGCCAUGGCCAAUUAUUUGAAAUUCAACAUCUAUGAACUGGAUCUCUCUGGCCUGCAGAGCAACUCAGAUCUCCAAAAUCUGCUUCCCUCUGCUAAAAACAGAUCCAUCCUUGUGGUUGAGGAUAUUGAUUGCAGCAUUGAUUUGCAGAACAGAACUCUUGGAGAUUGCAUCAAUAAGAAUAAUGAUCAAAGUCAUCAACAGGUAACACUAUCUGGUAUAUUGAACUUCAUUGAUGGAUUAUGGUCAUGUUGUGGGGAUGAAAGGAUCAUUGUGUUGACAACUAACUACAAGGACAGGUUAGACCCAGCACUACUUAGACCAGGAAGAAUGGACAUGCACAUCCUCAUGUCAUAUUGCACCUCGGGUGGAUUUCGUGUUCUUGCAUCGAACUACCAUGGCCUCAAAGAUCACCCCAAGUUCACGGACAUCGACAAACUCCUAAUGGAGGUGAAUGUGACCCCUGCCGAGAUUGCAGAAGAGCUGAUGAAGAGUGACCAGGCAGAUGUUGCCCUUGAAGGACUCAUUAAGCUUUUGCAAAAGAAAAAAUGUGCAAAAAGUGCAUAUGAUGAUUUGAAGGUGGGAGAAGAUAUUGUUACCAGUAAGGAGACCGAUAUAUUAGUAGAAAAUAGAGUGAUGAGGUGGUACAGGUGGAUGAAGGGUAAGAAGAAGGGAAGGAAGUCAAAUAGGGUCCGUAGCACAUUCAAUAAUUCGGAAUCGUGAUUAGGAUUUAAAUUAAUUUUAUUAUGUUUGAUUUGUUCUCAUGUAAGAAUUCUACAAUGGAAAUUCUCUCGGGACAAUUCUAUUCCUAAAAAUAUUGCUUGGAUUAACUGCUGCAGAACAUAAUUGCUCCAACUCAACCUGGUUCCUUCAUUUUAAAGCCCAUAAAAUUAACAAUUUUGCUAUAGGUACCCCAAGGCCCAAACCCUACCCCAUUUGCACCCCAUAUAAAAACUCACCCCCACUUUUCUUCCCCCCUUCCUCUCUCCUGCACCCCACCUCUCUUCCUCCCUCCCUCUCAUCUUUUCACGCAUCCCCUCCCUUCCCCUUUCUUCUCGAUCUCAAAAUCUUUCCCUUUCUUUAAGACAUUCCAUUUUUGCCACCUUUCCCCUUCCAACCUUGGAUCUUCUCCUGUUUAUCUCCUCUUUCACCGGUGACGUUGCCGACGGCGGGCCUACGUUGGUUGCCAUUUCGGAUGCAACCUCAAGGGAAGAAAACGAUGAAGGCAAACCAAGAAUCUUUGAAUAACUUGAGCAGCAAAUCUUCUUUUCUUGAUUUUGUUUUCUUCAUUUUUGAUGUAUUUUCGAAAUAUAAAGGGUUGUCUGUCAGACAUACAACUUGUAAGUGCAGUGUCUGUAUGUGUUAGUAAGACUCGUGAAGUUGUCCGUCUGUUUGUAAUCGAUGGUUAAUUGUUUGUUAUUUGUUUUGCGUUGUCUGUAUUUGUUUUGAAUUGUUUGUAUUUGUUUUGAGUUGUCUGUAUGUGAUUGUGAUUUGUCUGUA